AUGAGCGCUCUAUACCAACAAACCGGCGAAGUUACGCAAUCUUCUGGUUCCUUUUUGGCCUCAGCUCCUGUGGAACUACUUACUUUGAAGGGUUACGAAGACUUUCUUGCCAAGCAAAAGAAACUUAAUGUCGACGUUACUACUGUUUUGAACGAGGACAAGAGCUGUGCCUACGUUAUGAGAGAAUCUGAGGUUGUGGCAACAGUUGGAGAAGAAGCCCUGGACCAUUUGUUAUCUCAAAUUGAAGUUUGA